UCUUUAUAAAAUUGCUGAAACAGGCAAAAAAGAGUUGAGAUACAGUGGAGACCAAUAAUUGACGUCUCACAACAAUGUGACAGUUGGCGUGCAUCAAUAGCAUACGAUUAUUAAUAAAUUAGUAAUAAAAAAUGUGGGAGUGGAAAUAUCCCCUCGUUAUAUUCAUACUCCUGGUGAAUUCGUGCUCAGGAUCCCGGAGAACUCUUUAUUCAGAGCUAAAUCCUGGCUGUGGUGGCAAGUGUGCGGAAUUAAACGUCACGACGUUUUAUCUCAGAGCCGAGGGGCCCACCGAUACAUUACACUAUCUCUGGGACUUUGUACAAAGACCAGCAAUACUUCUGGCUAUCACUUCCAAUUCUGCAAAGCUCAAUGUCAGUUGGGAUGACUAUUUAAUUAAUGUGCCGAAGUCGAUAAGGUUUACUGAGGAGCCAGAGUACACUUUUGGGGUUUCUAUUGAGAAGGUGCUUGAAUUCGAUGAUACAAAUGAUAACGGUCACGUCGACACCGUCCUUGACCAGAAUAUCAACGUUCUGAAUCCAGAAAAUUUUCGUUGGUCUCGAAAAAGCCAGCAGAGCAAUGAUAAAUUUGUUGAACUGCACAUGAAUGGAGAGAACUACAGUGACACAGUCAAAAAUAUCACAAGACGUGGGAACAUUAGAGUUGUGCUCAAUGGAUUUUGCACUCUGGAACAUUCUGAUGUUAUGCCUCAUAUGUUGCACUCAGAGAACUCGACUCAAGUGGAUUUUAUACUAGAGAAUUUAGAGACCAACAAAACAUUCACGAAGAGUCGAUUUGGAAUGGAACUCUUGGUUGUCAGUCAAGAGAGCCCUCUUGUGAGAAUGUCCAUCGAUGCUAAGAAGAGCUUGGAUGAUGAACAUACUCCAGGGAUAUUUGAGGUUGUUGAAUUAAGAACCCCCUGGAAAAUGAUAAAUAAAGGAAUGGAAGAAGCAGAGGCGUAUUUGCAGUGGCGACCAGUGUCCUACACAACGUCACAUCGUGACGUUACGAGUUCCACCGACGUAAUCCAUUAUCAGCUGAGGAAUUGCUCAAAUAUUGAUAAAAAAUCGAUACUGUAUGCGUAUUACGGUGACCAAAGAAAUGACCUACUGAUGGAGAAGAUAAACAUAACUAUUGGCUCCUCGGGUGAUGGUUUUUACACUAAAACUAAUUAUUCAACUUGGACUUUUAUCGUCGGUUAUGGCACACCACCUGACGAGCAGUUCUCAUAUUUGGUGAUAAUGAUAAUAUCUAUAGGGGUGGGACUGCCUAUGCUCAUAAUGUCUGUUGCUGCCUUUUAUGCCUGUAUCAGGAGAUUAAGAAAUUCCUAGGUAAACAUUGGGUUUUUUAUUUUUAUUUUUUUAUGAACUAAAUUUUCAUCAUUUUUUUCGAAAAUAUCUGCAGCUCUAUUUUGCCGAGUGGAUACCAAAAUAUAUUUUUUGCGAAUGAAUUUUGAAAGGAAAAUGAUCUUCCUAGCAUAAUCUAAUUUAGAUCAUAAAAAAUGAAAGUCAUGACGAAGUUAUUAUUAAUUAAAUAAAUGUAUUUUCUACCGAUGAACUAGUUAUUAAGUUCGGCUAUGUCUAGCGUUUACAAGUUACUGUACAUAAAUGUCAAUAAAAAAUCAUUUGGAAAAUAA